AUGCUUCACACUACCUUAGCAUCGACUUCCCGGGUUGUACUUGCCAGCAGCCGAAGAUGUGCGGCCCUCCAUAGUUCCUCAAUUCUCCAAGCGGAAGCCUCCAGGAAGCAGGCGUCUCGCGUUAUCAAGAAACAAAAUAUUGCAAAGAAAGAUCAACGCCAGCAUGAGGCAAACCUCCACAAACCUAGUCCUGUGCUAGGUACUCGUCCGGGGGACGAGGCGAAGUGGCAGAAUUGCGACCUCGCGAAGGUCAUAGUGAAGGAAUCCGACCUCGCGACUUCCGAACCGGUGGCACCGGUGGACCUUACGAUUGGCCGUGUCAACAUACCCAAAGUAAUGAACUAUGGAAUCAGCGGCGAAGUGCAGGAGCAACUUUUCGGCCACCUUCCGUAUCUCUCGUCAGCAGCUGCAGUGGAAAGUCUUUCCCGACAUUCGCCGGAGAUGGCUAAGGGGAAACUGGAAGAAGGUGUAGAAAGGGAGUUGCAGAAAGCCAAUCUCUUUGCGAAGGUGGUGGAUUUGCGAAAUGCAAACGCGGCCGGUAUUGCAUUCGAAAACCGGCGACGGAUUAUUGCAGAGUUCUCUACUCCGGAGAAUCCCUUUGAUCCAGGACGAACAGAAGUCCAAGCGGCGUUGCUCACGUACAAGAUCCGCAACCUUUGGAGCCAUCUCACGACGUUCAAGCGAGAUGUUGGCAAUCGCCGAGGUCUCAGGAAGCUCGUUCAUCAGCGCGCGAAGAUACUUAAGUAUUUGAAACAUUCCAACCGAGAUCGCUACGACGCACUCCUCGAGAGGCUAGCUCUGGAACCGGAGAGCGUUGAAGGGGAAUUAGUCAUUUGA